CGGACGCAAGGCGACAUGUGGCCCGGCUCCGAGCCAGGCAGCUCGCGAGCAUUGGACUUACCCACCAGCCAACAGAAUGCAGGCGGUAGUAGUCAGCAGGAGACGCUGGCGGACAUCGAGCACAUAUCGACCAUUGCCGGCUCAUUGGCCUCCAUUGGCACCCUCUCACACACACAGAUGCGCUAUUGCACAAACGAUGCCGGCUAUGAUACGGAACACACAUCACUCAACUCCGACUUUGAUGAGGCCGAGCUGCGUCGGGAACUGCUCAGAGAUAAAUGGAAACUUUUAUUUGAUAUGUUCGAUCCGGAGGGCUUUGGCGAGAUAUCAGUUUGCGAAUUUUUAGUCGCAUUGCGAUCGCCCGAGUUUCUGUCCCAAGUGCCUAUGAACAAGCGGGAGCUGUUGCUGGAGCGGGCCAAGAAGGCACAACUGCCGCAUGGCCCUGGCUAUGUAACAUUCCAGGACUUUGUCAACGUGAUGAGCGGCAAGCGAACGCGCAGCUUCAAAUGCGCUGUGCAUCAGCGGGAUCGGGAAGUGUGCUCUGAGAACGAUUUUCAGCUGGUGCUCAGUGAGCCGCCGCUCUUCAGGAAGAUGGUGCAUGCCGUGGCCGUCGAGGUGCUGCCGGAGGAGCGUGAUCGUAAAUACUAUGCGGAUCGCUAUACAUGCUGCCCGCCCCCAUUCUUCAUCAUACUGGUCACAAUCAUUGAGCUGGCCUUCUUUGUGUAUCACUCGCUGGCGAUGGGAGAGACGGCGCCAUCGGGUCCCAUACCCACCGAUUCCAUGUUCAUUUACCGGCCCGAUAAGCGUCACGAGAUCUGGCGAUUUGUGCUAUAUAUGGUGCUGCAUGCCGGCUGGUUUCAUCUCGGCUUCAAUGUGGCCGUUCAGCUGCUCUUUGGACUGCCGCUGGAGAUGGUGCAUGGAUCGUCGCGCAUCGCCUGCAUUUAUUUCUCGGGCGUGCUCGCCGGCUCCCUGGGCACCAGCAUCUUUGAUCCGGAGGUGUUUCUGGUUGGCGCCAGUGGCGGUGUUUAUGCCCUGCUGGCGGCACAUCUGGCCAAUGUGCUGCUCAACUACCAUCAGAUGCGCUACGGUGUCCUGCGCAUCGCAUUCAUACUCAUCUUUGCCUCUUUUGACUUUGGGUUCGCCAUCUAUGCGCGUUACGCUGGCGAGGAUUCGCUGCCUGGUCAGAUGGGCGGCAGUUCGGCAGCAGUCUCGUAUGUGGCACAUUUGGCUGGCGCUGUGGCAGGUCUAACCAUCGGUCUGCUGGUGCUCAAGAACUUUGAGCAGAAGUUGCAUGAACAAUUGCUCUGGUGGAUCGCGCUGGGCACGUAUACGGCCCUCGUCGUCUUUGCCGUGGCCUUCAAUGUGCUCAAUGGCGUCACCUUGUUCAACAUGCGUGUGGAGAAGAUUCGCUUCACCGAGACGUACUUCAAUGACUUUCAAGUAUAACACACAGGACACCCAGGAGGCUGCCCCCCAAAGAAAAAGUUGAUUAUCGAUUAUUUUGUUAUUCUUUAUUUUGGAUUCGUUAAUGUUUUUUUUUGUUAUUUAGUUUAUUGUUUGCCCCAAUUGGACAGUGAAUAAGUUUAUAGUUUCAUCGUUUUGUUGUACAGACACGCUAUAUAUAUAUAUAUGUAUGAUAUAUAUAUAUAUACAUAUAUACUUACAUAUUUGUACAGUGUAGACAAUCGUCACUUUCUCUACGUAAUUAACGCAUUUUGUUCAACGCUUCGUUUUACAAGUACAAAAGCUGGAAAAUGAACUUGAAAUCGAUAAGAAACCAUAUACAUCUAGGGUAUAUGUAUUUAUUUACAAGAAAUCGGAACUGAUUAGAUUUACAUAUAUACAUACAACUUGAUGCUCAAGGGAUAUUUGCAAAUCACAAAUUUAGAACUAUUUUUCUAUAGGCUUAAGCAAGAGAUACAACAGCUGUAAAAUAAAAUAUGCUUAAGUGCUAAAAUGCGCAUAUAUAUUGAAACCGAUAUUGGAAAGUCCAAGCAUUUAUUCCAAACAUUUUUCCGAACUGUCCCACUGCAGGCCUUACAUAUACAAUGAAUAACGUAUAUUCUCGAGACUACCUCAAAUUGGUAAACGUAGUUAAGUUUAAAUUGCCCUUAUGAAAGAAAUCAUCACUGCCAGCAUUAGUGAAUUAUAAAAAAACAAAACAAAACAAGCAAACAGCACCAAUUGAAAUGUAUUUUGUAAAUAUUUUGAAAAGCUAAUAAAGUAAUCUAAAUGAAAACGGAAA